CUGUCCGACGGCUCCUUCAAUAAACGAGGGUGGUCGCUGGGGACAUACCUCGAGAAUGCCAAACGCUUUGACUAUCACCUCACUAUGCACCAUACCAUUGAAGAAGCAUACAUAUUCCCCAUACUAGGGAAACGAAUGAAGCAGUUCUCCGAAUCAGAAGGACUCCACUUGGAAUCUCACAAGGGUAUCCAUGAUGGCUUGGAACGACUCAAAACUCUUGUACAGCAGUACAAAUCAGGACCACACACCUAUAAUCCCACCGAGAUGCGGGCAUGUCUUGACAGUUUUCGUGAAGUUUUGUUCUCCCAUCUUGACCAGGAGGUCGAAGAUUUGCGAGGAGACAACCUUAAGAAAUAUUUCACACUUCAAGAAGUGGAAAGUAUUCCAAUAUAG